UAUUUUUAUAUAGAGUGACACAACCGGUUUGUUCUUCUCCUCAGUUUGUCGGUCAGCUUGGCGAUACCAAGUCCAAAUAGUUUGUGCUUUAUCUCGUUCUGCUGACAGCGACUGUGUUGUAUUGUUAACUGAUAACAGCAUGUACGCAUUCAUCGUUUUUAAGUGGUUCAACUAAGUGUAUUGACGUUCCAGUUAACUUGGUUCCACCAUAAAUCGUUUAGUCAUACAUGUAUUGUUGUUCCGUUUUUCUUCAUAACUAUUUAAUAUUUUGUGAUUAGUACGAGGUAUUGAUACGAUGGGUACAGUUGUGGGUAUUUUAUUUCCAGCUUUAGCAUUUUUAAUACUUUUCUCUUAUUCCUCGAGUGCUCCAACUACAACUACAACAGAAAGUCCUGUUGAGGAAGGACCAAGAGCUGUGCCAACGCUAAAACUCCUUGUCGUAUUUACCCGGCAUGGUAGCAGAGGACCCAUAUAUACAUUCCCUACAAGUCCAUACCAAAGAGACGACCUUAAGUACUGGCCAUACGGAGAAGCUCAACUCACGAAUAGAGGACGGGCGCGGUUGUAUAAGCUGGGCAAGAAGGUCCGCUCACUGUAUAAUGGGUUUCUGGACGAACUGUACCAACAAGAGGAUAUCCGAGCCAACAGCACGUUGUAUGUGCGGUCCAUGAUCAGUGCGGAGCACUUUUUGGCGGGACUGUACCCUCCCAAGGGAUACCAGGUAUGGAGCGAUGAGCUGCAGUGGCAGGCAAUUCCGCUGUUCCCCAACUAUGUGGAUCACCACCAGCUGGUUUAUUCUAAGGAGACGAGAUGGUGUCCAAGAUUCCAUGCUGCUAAAAGGAAGUCACUGCUGAGAUUCGUAAAGGAAUACGAGUCCAACUUGACUGAAAUUUUUGAUUAUGUAAAACCAUACACCGAAAUCGAGCGCAUGGAGCCACUGGAUGACAGUAUAUCGAAAUGGGCUGCGAUGUACACCCUGUGGGAGUCCAUGUUCUGUCCGGAUGAAGAAGGCCUUCCUCUACCUGAAUGGACGAAGAAAAUCUAUCCUCAUCCCAUGACCGAGAUGGCUGACAAACUACUCAGGGUGGGGGCCAUUGGGUCUGACACUCAGAUCAAAUACUUGCAAGGCGAAUACUUCCAAGAGGUUGCGAAUUUGAUGAAAGCCAAAGUUAACGGUACCCUGACCCCAGACCGGAAAAUGUUCUACUACGCCGGCCAUGACUACACUCUACUGGGCAUGCAAGGCAUUUUGGGCUUGGCGGAUGAGCCCACUGGCCACCUUAACGCCAGGACUGGCUCUUCCUUGAUACUAGAACUCCACAAGGAUCAGGACACCAGUCAGUACUCAGUUAAGGUCGUGUACAUAGACGGUUCUUCUGAAGACUUGGAACCUAUUGACGUCGACAUCCCGGGCUGUGGCUCGCCCUGCGACUUCCAUCUUCUGAUGAGCAAGGCGGAGAAGUACUACGACAUCAAAAACUGGCAGUCGGAGUGUCAGAUUAUAGAGGACUGAGUAGAGGCCUUCGGAGUGGAGUGAUAUGACGGCAAGACUUUAAUAAGCGGCCUACACUCGAUAUUCGAUCGUCAUUAUCGAACGAUUCGGUACAUUUCCCAACUACGGUAUUACAUAAUGAUCGUACAACGAGAAUUAUUGUACUUUAAAAACAUAAAUAACAUAUUACAACAAAAUAUGAAAGAAUUUUCACCCGACAGAUGCAUUAAUUUCCCUGCUGCAUAAAAAUUUACAAAUAUAGUUUGCUAGACAGUCUGCCGGUAUUCUACUACCGCUCUGCAAGAACUUUCAAUUUCAUGCCCAUAGCCACUUUCGAAUUAUCAAAAGAGUGGUUACUACUCGUUGUUUGUUGUUUACAUUAAAAAUUAUUAUAAUUGAUCUUUAAUUUGAAAUUACAAGAUAAAUUGUAAUAUUUAAUUAUUACUCGAUAAAACAACCGAAUAAUGAGUGUAGGACGCUUAUUAAAGUCUACUCGUAAUGGCAAUCAAAGAUUCAAACAAGAAUAAAGUUCAAGGGAUUUACUAGUACAAUAAUAAUAAUAUUGUAGUAAGUCUUAGAAUAUUUUCCAAAAUAUAAUCUUGUGGCUUCGAAAUUACAUUUAUUAUUGUUAUAAAAGAGCUUAUUUCUUAGUAAAAUACUGAGUUUUGUAUAUUGAAAUACAAAAAUCGAAUUCAUAAAGUAUAUUUUAAUUCAAUAUCAGUGCUGUUAUUCUGUCUUUGUGCGUAUUAAACACAGACGUUUAUCCUUGGAAAA